GUAGUUGGGUAUUAGUGGACUUAGUGUUCUUGUAAAAGACUCAUACUCUUUGAAUAAUGCUUUGGAUAGUUAUAAUCCUUUUUAUGAAAAUGUACAAAGCACAUGUCAUUCAAUUAAAUCGAAUAACAGAAGCUGCCCCUGGAGAUACAGUGACUUUAGAUUGCUUUUUCCCUGUGAAUUUCAAAACCGAACCACUGUCCUGGUACAAACAAACACUGGGACAAAGGCCUUUUAAUGUGAUUAGGUCAUUGAGAGGCACUCUAUCCUGGAAUCCUUUGUUUUCCGAAGACUCUCAAAAUGGACGGAUGAACAUACAGCGGGCUGAUGGAGAAUUUAAUCUGACCAUCGCAAACAUCUCACCUUCUGAUGAAGCAACAUAUUACUGCACGUUGACAUUGGAUGUAGAGGAUGCAUAUGGAAAUGGAACAUUUUUGGCUCUCAAAGGUUUUAACCACAGCUUUAAUGAGGAUAGAGCGUUCGUCUGUGCAGUGGCCAACUGUGAACAAAUGAACACUGAAAAGAAGACAGUUUUGAACACAGAAAAAGCUGUGGAUCCUGUUGUUUAUGGGUUGGCUGCUGUGUUGGGACUGUGUUUUGUGCUCAUAUGUUACUUGGUCAGUUUAAUAUACCAAGACAGGAACCACAAACAUGACAAAGAUGAUGCCAACCAUAGAGGCUACAACAAUAGAGAUGGCCUUGAUCUUAUUACUGAACAGAUGCCAAUCUUGAUGAUUCCAGAUGGAAAUGUCUUCACAUCUGUUAUCUACAAAGUCAAGAACCUCUAAUUGUCUGCAAAGCAAUGAAAUGCUGCCCUUUCAGCUUUCAUAUCUGCUACACCAAGUUGGCCACCAAGACACGCAUGCAUGAACACACACACACACACACAC